CGUGACGUCACGCCACUUGACACCUAACAUUCCGAUUUCCCUGAAUUCUCCAAAUUCUUGUUAGAAUUUAAUUUUUAGGAGAAUGAGUGAAAAACGUGUGGUGAUAUUCAAAAACGGAACAAACACGAACGGGGAGGUUUUCAUACUUCCGCAAACCUUGGAAGAGUUAAUGAGCCAGGCAUAUUUAAAAUUUAAUACGAAAGUCCGUCGCUUAUUUAUCGAAGACGGGACUGAAGUGAACGAAAUUUCUUUUAUACGCAAUAAUGACAAUUUGUACAUAUCAAAUGGUGAAGACUUCACACCUCCUCCUAAAAAUGCAACAAAAAGAGUGAAGUGUUCAGAUUGGGUAACUCUGAAUGUUGGUGGAAAGUAUUUCACAACGUCUAAAAGCACUCUAACAACCAAAGAACCGGACAGUAUGUUAGCAAGGAUGUUUGCUGGUGAUGAAGAUGGUUACUUGUUCACUCCAAGCAAUAUUGACAAAAAUGGAGCAUUCCUAAUUGAUAGAAGUCCUUUAUACUUUGAGCCUAUAAUUAAUUACUUAAGAAAUGGUCAAUUAAUUUAUGAUGGUAACAUAAACCCUGAAGGAAUCCUAGAAGAGGCGCGAUUUUUUGGUAUUGAGUCAAUAAUCCCAACCUUGGAACAGAUAAUUAACCAACAGAAUGUAAAUAGAGACAAUUUACCCCUAACUCGACGUGAUGUGAUAGACGCCUUAAUCAGAAGUGCCUACACUACUGAAUUACGGUUCCAAGGAGUCAAUUUAUCAGGCGCUGAUUUAAGUAAAUUGGAUUUGCGAUAUAUUAAUUUCAAGUACGCUAAUUUACAAGGCUGCAAACUCACGGGCUCUAAUUUGAGUUACUGUUGUCUGGAAAGAGCCGACCUGUCUUAUGCAAACUUGGAUGGGGCCCAACUUUUAGGUGUUAAAUGCCUCUGUGCCAACCUAGAGGGCGUUAGUAUGAAAAAUUCAAAUUUCAAAGACCCGGCCGGGGGCAGAGCCAAUAUGGAGGGCGUCAACCUAAAAGGGGCGAAUUUGGAAGGGAGCGACAUGGGUGGUGUCAAUCUAAGGGUGGCUACCUUAAAGAACGCUAAUUUACAAAACUGUGACCUCCGAGCGGCCGUUUUAGCAGGGGCGGAUUUGGAGUUUUGCGACUUGUCAGGUAGCGAUUUGCUUGAAGCUAACUUGAGAGGGGCUAAUUUAAAGGAUGCAUCGUUUGAAUUGAUGCUAACUCCCCUUCACAUGUCUCAAACGAUUCGUUAAAAGUGGUUGUGAUUUAAUUUUGUAUAAAUUUAUUGUUAAUAAAUUAGUUUAGGUUGCGUAUUGUAGAUACACUCCCAAAUAUUCAAUUUUUGAUGUAAUUUUUAAUUAAAAGUGAAAUAAAGGUGAAGUGUUA